AUGUCGGCGCCAGAGGCGAGGGCGAUCCAAGAGCGGCGGCGAUGUGUCCGGGAGCGGCUGGCAAGGGCUUACAAGCGGGAGUGGAAUGAGGAGGACUGGCGUAUCUACGAAGCCUCCAAGGGGCUGCGGUAUGAAGACUCCAUCGCGAAAUGGCCUUUGGACAUGGUCGAGGUCUUCUCCAACCAGAAGUAUCGCUUCUAUUUGGGAAGCAUUACUUCAGCGCUGAAGUUUGACGAAAGAUACAAGCUGGACUUUGUCUUUACGAUGAAUGCAGAUGACGUGCGACGAGAUGGCGAACCGGAAGACUGGUCCGCCUUCUUCCGCGAGAGGAACGUCACGAACUUCCGGUUCGGCGGCUUCGACACCACGGGCGUGGACCCGGGAACGCCAAAGUGGGCGCAGAAGAAGGAGGAGUUUCUGAAGAUCUGGGCAGCAGUGGUUCAAGCCUUGCAGCAGAACACCUCGGAAUCGGAGGAGCAGGUUCAGAUUCUCUUCCACUGCUAUGCUGGCAUCAACCGCUCCACAGCGGCGUUGGUUGCUGCACUCAUCUCGCUUUCGAUGAGCACCGAAGAGGCAAUCGAGCACGUCCUCAAGGCACGCGCUGGACAGGAAUACUGGGCCAAACGCCGGGAUUACUUCAUUGAGGCUUUGCUUGAGUUCGAGGCUCAAUGUGGUGGCCAGGCACCCACCCAGCCAAAGUGA